AUGGCGCCGAAGGCCUUGACGGACUGUCCAGAGAACCUUCGAGAGUCGAUCGACUGGCUCGUGCAGGUGAAGCACGGCGGUGGCAUCUCGAAGCUGUCCAGCGCUCUCGGUAAGUUGUUCGACCAUGUCGCUCAGGACGCUCAGAAAUCUCUGUCGUCUCCCUCCGAGUCAGAUGACCCGUCCGCCGGAGAUGUUGUCGGCCAACUUAAAGAGUUUCGGGGCUCUCUUCCGAAAGACUCUUCGAAUCCUAAUGAAAACAUUUUAUAUAAUCUCUGUUCCUCCUUUGAGACAUUUUUAGGCUAUAAGCCUCCUGGAAUCUACGAUGGUUCCGGCAUUGUGUAUGGCUCCGCCUCCCGUUUGUGCGACGCCAUUUUAGCGUUCUUUUAUGCUCUGUUCACUGAUGUCUAUGAAAAUCAGCCGUACGUGUCCGGUAGAUCUGUAUUGCAUGAUGUUGUUCAUAGGCAUCUUAAGCCUCAGUUGCGGCGGGGCCACAAGGGGUUUACUCACGCUAUCCCCCAGGUUGCCGACGGCCUCCGCAACUAUAACCAGGCUGUCUCGGCUUCGAACGAAAAAGUGAAGAAGCCGGUAAAUGAGUUGUUAACUUACGUGAGUGAGGGUGGUAAGUUGCUCACAGCGGUUAAUAAGAUUCAGGUACCGGAAGAAUCUACGCCUCUGAAACCUGAGGAAGCGGAGAAAGCCGUCACGGCGGCAACCGAGCUGGUGGACCAGUGCGUUGGUGAAGCCAAGAAGUUAUAUCGUGCUUUCGACAGUGGCGCAAGAAUCAACGUUGUAGAGCAAUGCAAUGAUCUGAAUUUGUCGCUGCGUGAGAAAGUCCGCAAUGCCCGUAAAAAUAUUGGCUAUGAAAUUAAGCGGCUUAAUCAGCUCUCCAAAAGGGAGAGGAAAAACCUGGAGGCCUUCAUUAAGAUGAUAAAACAGGCGCUCAACAAGCUUAAAACUGACGUUAAUGCGCAGAUUACCAAGAAAGUGAAUGAGCUUGUUAAACAGUUGAAAGAUAAAGUGCAGGACAUUUUGGAACAACUUCAAAAAAUUAGUACAUCGCUCGGACAAUACAUUAUGGACCUUGACAGGUGGAUCGUAAAGACUACAAAGGACAUUGAAGCCGCGCAGAAUCUAGUCCAGAAGAUUUUGGAUGAGGUGAAUGGGAAUGCAAAUCCGAAUAACUUGGAAAACCUGAACGAGGCGAUUAAAAAGGUUGAGAGCAAGUUGGGAGAGAGUGUUGGGGAUUUGCAAGCUUGGAAGCAGGCGGCGGAAAAAGUGCUCCAAGGGACGAUUGAUAAGGGGAAUGAUGUGCAUAAGAACAUGGAUCCUACUCAGAAAGCUGACGGUACAGAGACACAGAUUGCUAAAGGGAUUAAUCAGAUUAAUGCAGCUAAGGAUGCAGUUUUGCAAGUUAACACUGGGCUUCAACAGGUUCACAGAGAUUUGCAGACUUGGAAUACCACGGCAGGUGAAUUGCUUGGCAAGGUGGUUGUUAAGGCCACGGAGGUGCAUAAAAGAUUGCAGCCUGACGGUCAGGGCCCGGAACAUAAAAUUGGUACGAACAUUAAGCAAAUUGGGGACGCUAAAGAAGGCAUUGUAGAGGCCAAUAAGACGCUUGGCACACAAGUUGACAACCUUAGUAAGUGGAUCACCGACGCUGAAAACAUCCGCAAUGCCGCCGAGGCUAAGGCCAAGGAAGCCUACGACAAGUUGAAGGUGAAUGAGGCUUUGGACAAAAAUGUAAAGUUAAUUGUGGAGGCUAAAAACAGAAUUAACGAAGUUCAUGGGAAGCUUGGUGGACAUGUUGGUGAGUUAGGUAAGUGGAAAACCCAGGCCGGGACAGUGCUUGACGGGGCGAUUACCCAGGCGACGGAUGUAUAUGAUGCUUUGCACGAAAAUAAGCAGCCUGGUGGUGGUGGUCAAAAAACAGAACUUGGUGAACGACUUAAGCAAAUUGAAGACGCUAAAACGCAGAUUAAAACUGCAAAUGAUAUUCUCGGCACUGAAGUUGAGAAUUUAGGUAAGUGGAGGACUGCCGCCAAGGCUGUUAUUACCAAGGCGGAUAAGAAGUGUGAUGAAAUAUUGGGGAAAGUUAAAACAGAAAGCAGUAGAGAAGCUGUAAUUUUUACGCAAGCUGAAGAGUUGAAAACCAGGGGAGCAGAGCUUUUGGCUGCGGCAAAUAAGGCUAAGGAUGAAGUCGGCAAGAAAGUCAAGGAUGCGUUGCAGGCUGUUGUGAGGAUGGACGAAAGUCUCAAGAGGGAUUUGAGGACAGUGAGAGAGGAGAUUAAAGAGGGGAUAGGGAGUGUGAUUGAGACGUUGCAGGUCAAGGAGUUGGGUAAUAAAGUGAGAGAUGAUUUGGGGACGUUAAGGGAUAAGAUUAGUGGGCUUCAAGGUAAAGUUGGCGAAAGUAAGAAUGACGGCAGUGGGCUUGUUGGUAAUGAGUUGAAGGCUCUUCAGUCGGCCAAGACUAAAUUAGAUGGCAUUGCUGGUGAGAGUGGUACAAUUAAGAAUGCGCUGAAAGGUAUGGAUAAAUUGUUUGAGCAGAAUAUCAAGUCUCCUCUUAAGUCUGCGGUCGGUGCAGUUAACGAGGCGAUUGUGGAGCUUGGCGGGAAGUUUACUAAAGAUGACGGCAGCGAAGCGCCGAAGGAUUUUAACGGCACUUUCCAACAUAUUAAAAAGCAGGUUGGGAAGAUUAAGGGGACACCGGGUAAGGGCGACUGGAAUAAUACAGGCGCCUCAGGCCUUGAAGGCAUUAAGUCCAAGGUGGACCACUAUUUUGGUGAGUUCAGUGAGAAGUAUAAGUUUGAAAGUAUAGUCACCGGCUGGCUGGAUGGUAUUCUUGGUCAUAACGGCCUGGUUAAAAGCGUACUUGGGUGGCAGAGUAAGCGGACGGAGGAAGACAUUAAGGAGGCGCUUAAACAAAGUGGACUCGGAGGUGGAAUCAGGGAGCCGCUCAAAGUACAAGCACAUGCAGCUGUUGACGUGUUCAGUGGCGUUGAUGCCAACGACAUCCAGAAAAAAAUUACACAGGUCAAAAGGGCCUGCGAGCUGUUUGCCGCCGCGCUUGAUGAGCAGAAACUAGAGAAGGAGUUUCAAAGUGGCGUCCUUGAAUUGGUCAAGCAGGCUAAGGAUGCGUUGAAAAGUGAGAAAUCAGGAAGCACAAAAGGCAACUUACAAGCCGCCUUAGCAAAGGCAGAAUGUAAAUGUAAUCACUGCGGCGGCAGCAGAGUUACCGAUAAGUGCCUAGACUGCCAAACGUCCGACUGCAUCCUUACUAAAGCCAUCGCCACCACCGUUGUUGCCGUGUCCUCGGUGGCCCGGCAGGUGGGCAACGAACUGAAUUCAGUGUUUCUCAACAUCGACGAUGGCGGCAAUCCCAGCGACGGGAGCAUCGCAGCCAUCCUGGACAAAAUCACGCCGAUUGCAAAGGAUCUUCAUGAUAAUCUUGAAGCGGCGACUAAUUCAUCCGGUCAACACGAAAACAAAAGCCCCGCCCAAGCCGUGGACAAGAGGUUGGAGGAGGUGAGGGAUGAGGUUAUUGGACUUGUAGGGAAAUUUAAUUCGCAAGUCAAACAACCACUCGCCCUAGAGGUAGAAAAGCUUGGACCAGCCGUUGACCAGUUCAACUCCAACGCCGAAACUCAGAUCAGGGCUGCGGCCAGGACGGCGAUUGACAAGGCGGCUGGGGAGAUUGAGAUGGAGGAUAGUGCUCCGGCUGAGAUUAGCGUGAAGAAGAAUAUGAAGGGUUUCCACGGUGUUUACGAUCACAUUAAAAAUAAUCUCGAAUCACAACUUCAAGGAAAAGUUGAUCAGCACAUUGGGACGGAUGAUUCGACAGGUGGUGGAACUGGUACAGCAGACAAAGUCACGCUUGCUACUGGAAACUUUACGCAUUACGAUAAGUACGUCACACAAAAAAGCCUUACCACUCAGCCUCUAAAAGGCGAACUAGGCGAAGGCCAUCUUCCACUGGCGAUCGGGGACAUCAAGACUCAGGUGUACAACGAAUUGUCAAUGAUCGAACCAAGUCCCAGUAAUGGGAAAGCAGAAAUUACCAAUGAAACCUUCGAAAAUCCAGUCAAAGAAAUAAGUAAGGAGCUUGAUGAAAUCGCCUGGCUUGUUGAUAAGAGUCGGGGCAAGGCGCCGUCGCUGCCCCAACCACAACCAAAAGAUGAAGAUGGCAUCAAGGAUCACUUGACAAAAUUGAAAAACGCUCUUGAGCAGACAGGAUUUAAUGGCGUAUCUAAACAAGGCCUAGACGCAAUAAAAUCGGCGAUUGACAACCUGAAAAUAAGCACGUAUGAACAGAAGAGCAGUGAAAUCGACACAGCCGUCAAAGCAAUUAAGGCGCAGCUUAGAGAGCUUAGGAAGAAGUUGAAGAAUAAGAGCGGCAAGCCGGAAGAUGGUGUCAUAAACGUUCUAGAAGAUUUGCAAAAAGUUGGUCUCGAACAAAAUACUUGGACACCGAUUAAUGGUAAAGGUCAAAAAGUCAGUGGUCUUGGAAAAAUCCAGGGGGACCUUGAAGAGCAAAACAAAGCGCUGAGUGUCCAAAAUGAAAUAAUUGGAAAAUCUAUAAGAGCAAUUAAUUUGGAACUCAAAUAUCUUGGAAUCAGGCUGGAUAAAUCGUUCCACGAUGACGACGUACUGCACUUCUUGGAACAAUUACAGAAGCAAAUUGGUAUAGGUUACAGAGGUGGUGAAAAUCUCCAGAAAAUAAAAAAUGAGAUAAAAAAGCUGCAAUCCGUUGAGUUUACUCAGAAACCACAAGCCAUCCAUGAAGCCAACUUGGCAAUUAAGGCAGAACUCACUACCCUUCAAGGUGAUUUGCAAGGCAGCCCAGGCAAAGAAGAUGUCAUGAAUGCUUUGAACGAUUUGAAGGAUAAUGGACUAAGUGGAGAUACGUGGGAUAAGAAUACACAAGGAAAUGGUAAAAGCCUUAAAAACAUCGGGAAUGAACUUCAAGGUCAACAAACUAAGUUGGGAAAACAACCCGGCAACAUACAUCAAGGCCUCACACCAAGUCGACGUCGAAGCGUUACUCACUAA